AUGGAGCGGGGCGGUGGGGAGGAUGGUGCCGACACCGGGGGGGCCGGUGGCACGGCCCCCACUGAAGCAGAGGGCAGCGCAGCCUCCGCCGCCCCCCAGGCUGCCCAGCCCCAAGAGGGGACAGAUGAGCUUGGGCAGGAGAAGGCGGCAGGAGAGGCUGGAAGAGGGAAACCAGAACCUGAACGGGGAACAGCCCUGUCUGCUCCAGAGCCCCGGGAUGGACGGGAAGCAGUGCCAGGAGAGGAGGCUUCGACUGUGCAGCACAAUGGAGAACAGGCACCAUCCGUGGGGGAGAAGGUGCUGGCUGCCACCGAGGCCCAGGGUGUAGGAAAGGAGGAGAAGGAUGAGCCUGGGAAGACGAAAGCUCCAGCUGUAGAAGAACCUAAAGGAGGGAAGGCAGCACCCAUGGAGGGGAAGGCUCCGGCUCCUGCCAAGGCUCAGGACAGGGGGAAGGGUGAGAAGGAUGAGCCUGGGAAGAAGAAAGCUCCAGCUGCAGGGGAGCAAAAAGGAGGAAAAGCUCCAGCUGCUGCCAAGGCCAAGGAUGGAGAGAAGGAUGAGCCCAGGGAGGAGAAGGCUCUGGGACAGCCUGAAGGAGGGCAGGCAGCACCCACGGAGGGGAAGGGCCCAGCUGUAACUGAGGCUCAAGAUGGAGAAAAGGACAAGCUCAGGAAAGAGCAAGCCCCUGGGGGGUCAGGGGCUGAGGGUGGUGGGAAAGCAGAGCCCACGGAGAAGAAGGCUCCAGCUGCAGCAAACUCUGAAGGAGAGAAGGCAAAAUCCACAGAGGAGGCAGCCUUGGCUGCAGCUCAGGCUCAGGAUGGAGGCAAAGGAGAGCUUCCAAACGAGAAAACCACAGUGGUUGCAAAGGAGAAGGUCCCAGCCGCUGCUAAACCUUCAGAUGGAGGGAAGCAAGCUGCAAAGGCAGAGCAAGCCCCAGCUGAUAACAAGGCUCCAAAGGAGAAAAUUACAGCUUCUGUGAAGGAGAAGGCCCCGGCUGCUGCAAAGGCUCAGUGUGGGGAGAAUAAAGUGAUAAAGGCAGAAAAAGCUCCAGCAGUAAAAAAGACUCCAGAUGGAGGCAAAGAGGAGCCCAUGAAGGAGAAGGCUCCGGCUCCCACAAAGGACAAGGCUCCAGCUCCCGAGAAGGACAAAGACUCAGCUCCAGUGAAGGAGAAAGCCAUAAUUCCUGCAAAGGAGAAAGCCCCAGAUGCUGCCAUGGCUCAGGAUGGAGAGAAGGCAGCAGCAAAGACAGAAAAAAUCCCAGCUGCAAAAAUGGCUCAAGGUGGAGGUAAAAAAGAACCUGCAAAGGAGAAAGCCCCUGCAGCUGUGAAGGCACAGGAUGGAGGGAAGAAAACUGCGAAGGUAGAAAAAAACACAGUUGCAUCAAAGGCUGGGGGUGAAGGGAAAGAUCCUGCAAAGGAGAAGGUCCCAGUGGCUGCAAAGGCUCGGGAUGGAGGGAAGAAAGCUGCUGAGGUGGAGGCCCCUGCAGCUGCAGCGGAGGCUGGAGAUGGGGCUGAGGAGCCCACAGAGGCAGCAGCCAUGGUCACUGUGAAGGCUCAGGGUGAAAGGGAGGAAGAACCAAAGGGGAUGGAGAAACAGCCACCAAGGGUCCCUGAGCCCCCACGCCCGGCUCUGCUGCAGAGCCUGAGCUGCCCGGCCACUUGCCACAGGGAGGAGCAGCCCUGGGCAGAGGUGGCGGAGUUGGAGAUGAUUCCAGAGGAAACCACGGUGGCAGAGCCGAAAGAGGGUCUGACAGAGCCCGGCCCUGCCCCGCCAGCCAUGGGGGACCUGCAGCCCCACAGCACCCCACAGGACAGGACAGUGCCCAGUGCCACAGGGAAGCCCCCAGAUCCCGCUGGGGUUGCAGAGCAACCUGAACCUGAAGGGCAACCACCCUCAACAGAGGCAAAGCCACCCCCCAGCCCCUACCUCACCCCUGAUUUCGGGAAGGAAGACCCUUUUGAAAUACUGGACGACGUCCCUCCACCACCAGCGCCCUUUGUGCAUCGCACCGUCACCCUGCACUCCGGCAGCGUCAGCUCCCAGUUCAGCCUCAACUCCAAGGACAUCCUGGGGGGGGGCAAGUUUGGUGAAGUCCACACGUGCACGGAGAAGGAGACUGGGCUCAAGUUGGCAGCCAAAGUGAUCAGGAAGCAGGGACCCAAGGACAAGGAGAUGGUGCUGCUGGAGAUCGACGUGAUGAACCAGCUGAACCACCGCAACCUCAUCCAGCUCUACGACGCCAUCGAGACUUCCCGGGAGAUCAUCCUCUUCAUGGAAUUCGUGGAGGGCGGUGAGCUCUUUGAGCGGAUCAUCGACGACGACUACCACCUGACGGAGGUGGACUGCAUGGUGUUCGUCCGGCAGAUCUGCGAGGGCAUCCGCUUCAUGCACCACAUGCACGUCCUCCACCUCGACCUCAAGCCUGAGAACAUCCUCUGUGUCUCUGCCACCGGACACAUGGUGAAGAUCAUCGACUUUGGGCUGGCUCGAAGGUACAACCCCAACGAGAAGCUGAAGGUGAACUUCGGCACCCCUGAAUUCCUCUCCCCUGAGGUGGUCAACUACGAGCAGGUCUCCUACUCCACAGACAUGUGGAGCAUGGGUGUCAUCACCUACAUGCUGCUCAGUGGCCUCUCCCCCUUCUUGGGUGAUGACGACACCGAGACGCUCAACAACGUCCUGGCUGCCAACUGGUACUUCGAUGAGGAGACCUUUGAGAGCGUCUCCAAUGAGGCCAAGGACUUCGUCUCAAACCUCAUCAUCAAGGAUAAAAGUGCCCGGAUGAGCGCCGACCAGUGCCUGCAGCAUCCCUGGCUCAAUAAUCUGGCAGAAAAGGCCAAGCAGUCCAACCGGCGCCUCAAGUCCCAGGUGCUGCUCAAGAAAUACGUCAUGAGGCGGCGCUGGAAGAAAAACUUCAUCGGGGUGUGUGCUGCCAACCGCUUCAGGAAGAUCACCAGCUCAGGGUCCCUGACGGCGCUGGGCGUCUGAGCUUGGGCUUCCAGGGGGGCCAAGGCCAGAGAGGAAGUGUUGGAGAGGGUCCCACAUCAGUCUUGCUUUUGGACAGCAGCAGGACCUCUCUGAUUUCCCAGCUUCUCAGCAUGGGGCCAGGAGCUGGGGGUGGUCUGCACCCUCCCUGCCCGUGCUGUGCUGGAUUCUGCUCUGGUGCCCACGUCACACCCCUGCUCUGUGCCACUGUCACCACGAGGCUGCUCUGCUGCAUCCCUGGGGCUGCCCCUGCCUGGCAUCCAGCAGCUGUGAGACCGCUUGGGGGCCAGGACCCUGCUGGGAUCCUCACCUGCAGCAGCUCUGCUGAGCUCAUCCCACUCCGACCAGCAUUUCUGAGCUCAGGACCCUCUGCUGAGGGCUCAGGCUCAGGACCUCUGGGGCUCCUGGGGCUCCAGCCUACGCUGUUCCCACCGAGCCAAUGCCCCCACUGAUAUUUCCUCGGACUGUGAGGCUGCUCUGGAGAGGAGGUUUCUGAUCUC